CACAGUUGUUUGUGAGCCGUUAGAUCAAUAAACCCUCCUGUCACGUCUGAAGAACACACACUUCAAGGAAUCGCUGCUUUCUAGUGAGCUGACGAUGCUAGCAGCGCUAACUCUGGCCUCUCUGGGCCUCUUGGCGCGGGCGUCGGACCUCUGCCCGCCCGCCUGCCGCUGCUUCGACAACCUGACCACGGCUGACUGCCGGGACAAAGGCCUGACUCAGAUACCGCCGCUACCGGCCGGAACGCUGAAGCUCUUCAUCUUGAACAACAAGAUCGAGGAAAUACCCGAGAACGGGCUGAAUGAGCUGCAGGUCCUGGACCUGACCCAGAACCAGCUCAGUGCCUCUCUGAACCCGGUUUGGCCCGCUAUGACCAACCUGACCAAGCUGCUGCUGCGCGACAACGACCUGGCGUCUCUGCAUCCGGCCCAGUUCCUGAACUGCCCCGCCCUCGUCUUCUUGGACCUGAGUAAGAACCACAUCAAGCAUCUGACGCCGGAGUUCCUCUAUGGCUUGGCCAAUCUGAAGACGCUGCUCCUGAGCCACAACCAGAUCGAAACGCUGCAGGCGGAGGUUCUGGACAACGUCGUCGGCCUCACAGAGCUCCACCUGGACUUCAACAGGUUGAGGGAAAUAGAGAGCAGCGUCUUCAGGAGCUCCGCCAUGUUGAAGAAGUUGGAUUUGUCCAACAACCGGAUAGUAAAAGUGGAGGAUGGGAGUUUCAGAGGAGCGGCUGGUUUGAAACAUCUGGAUCUGAGUGGAAACCAGCUGGUCACCAUUCCAGCCGAUUCCUUCUCCUCUCUGACUGAACUGGAUCAUCUCUAUUUGACGAGCAACAACCUGACGGAUCUGUCGGACAGAUCGCUGUCUGGACUCAACAACCUGACUGAUCUGGAUCUGAGUCGGAACCAGCUCGCCUCUCUCCCAAAUGAAGUCUUCAAAGACCUGGCCAAGCUCAGGUUUCUGGAUCUCUACAGGAACCGACUGACAGAACUCCCACCGGAUGUUUUCAGGAGUUUGAACAAUCUGUCGGAUCUGCAGCUGGACGGAAACCAGAUCUCAACGCUGCCGCCGGAGGUUUUCGCCGCGUCGCACAAACUUCAAGACCUGCUGCUGUCUCAAAACCACAUCCUGGAGCUCCACCCUGCUCUGUUCGCCAACAUGCCGUCUCUGCAGAACCUUCAGCUGGCCCACAACGCCCUGACGCUGCUUCCAGAGGGCCUUUUCCACAAGCUCCAGGCGCUCAAAGAGCUUCACCUGCAAUACAACCGCAUCGCUUUCCUCCACCAGUCGGUCUUUGACGGUUUACCAAAAGUAACCAGAGUGGAUCUCUCCAACAACCGUAUUUCAUCUCUACACUCAGACCAGUUCAGGGAGCUUUCCAGGUUAAAAGACUUGAAACUGGACGGAAACCAGUUGGUUAAGCUUCCCUCAAAUCUUUUCACUGCUCUUGGGAAACUUGUGACGCUGGAUCUGGGCCACAAUAAUCUCUCGGAGUUGUCCUCAGACACUUUCAAAGGGUUGAUCCACCUUAAGAACCUGAUUCUGAGCUUCAACUCGCUCCACAGCGUCCACUACAACGCCUUCCAGGAUCUGGGCAGCCUCCACACACUGCUGCUGCAGAACAACAGCUUGGAGAGUUUAACCCCCGAGCUCUUCCACCCGCUGCCAAAGCUCAGGGAGCUGAACCUGGACGGAAACAAGCUGGGUCGCCUCAAUCCUCGUCUCUUUCAGAGGCUUAAAGACCUCCAGGAGCUGAGCCUGAAGUCCAACCGGCUCCUGUCUUUAGAGACCAAGACUCUGAAGCCUCUAAAGAAGCUUUCACUCAUCUACCUCUCUGAUAACAUGUGGAACUGUACAAGUGUUGAUAUUUUCUACUUGUGCAACUGGGUUAAGGUAAAUACAGAAAAACUAAACGAUAAGCCGGUCUGCUACUUCCGGUCCGAAUCAAAGUCGCCCCUCUUCUUACUGGAUCACUGCGCUGCCGCUGCGCGCUGCCCGCCUUCGUUUCCUCUACAACUGCUGAGCGUCCUGACGCCUUCUCUCAUCGCUGUAGCCCACAGCUUCCUCUGAAGUGGUUCACGCUUCCUGUACGUCCUCUGCCUUUACUCGUCUGCACUCCAAGAUCAAACGGCGCAGGCAAGAAAAUCUGAGCAAAUCCAACUAAAACUCAAAGAACAUAACGGCUAAAGCCUCCGUCACAUUCAAAGGGCUUUAUACGAUGGAGCAACUCAAAGAGGCGCACAUUAGGGCUUCUGUAGGUAGAAAAAAAAGGAGGAAAUCUCAGAAAUUUUCUAGAAAAAAAAAAAUUUCUCAGUUAAAAAGUUGCACAUUUGGGGCGUGCUGCGGUGGCGUAGGGGAUAGCACGAUGCAUGUUUGGAGGCCUUGAGUCGCCGUUGUG